GUCAUAGUUCAUUCCAACAUGGCGGAAUUUCACGGCUGGCAUAUGCGAGCUAGUUAGCCAAGUAGCUGAAACACUUGGGUGGAGGGAAAUGGAUUUGUAGAUUGUACUCUACGUAGGAAAUGAUGUCUUCAGAUAUGUAGCAACGUAUACAUCAGAAAGAUGUUUCGUUUGAGAGGAAAUAUCAUGGGAUCAUCGUUGUCUUUACAGAAGGUUGGUUAUCCACGGUCCCUUGGUCAUGACUCUCAGUACCAUCUACCUACCACACCAUACUGUUUCUCUCUCACCCUUCUCUUUCAUUAUCACAUGAUGAUGAUGAUGAUGAAAAUUAGGCAAUAUGUUUUGUAUUUCUACCAGCUGUGUGUCCUGUACCUGGGAGGGCGGAUCUCUCAACAGUUUCAACUACCGUGGGCAAAACCUUACCUCAGACUAGGAACUGUCCGUAGAGUCACAGCUGAAGUUGGAUCAACCACUCCAACUCCCCCUACUCUGAAUACCUCAGACAGUAGCCUUGAGUCUAGCUCUGACCCCCCUCCUGCCAAGGCUGUUGGCCCUCCACUCGCCCCCACCCACUGUUGUAUGAGCGGUUGCCAUAACUGUGUGUGGAUCGAACACGCAGAGCAGCUCCUAGCCUACUACCGUGAUGGAGGGUUUGGGAAAGAGAGUGCCCUGGCUGCUAUUGAGGAGAACGUAUCGGAUGAGAACCUGAAAGCCUUCUUGAAGAUGGAGAUCAGGAUGAUGAAGAAGUAGACUCUUUUUUUUUUUGUGUGUGUCUUUGUGUGGCAGAGAGGGAAUGGGGACAUUGAGGGCCUUUUGACACUGUAUGCACUUUAAAACCACUCCCUCGUAUUUGAAUACUGGUAUGCAUUUUAUCCUACGUGUCAAUCAAACUGUCAUUUCACUUAGUCAUGGACAUUUCAACUAGUUUUUGUCAUUGCAUAAUCUUGCAUAUUCUAACCUAAUCUAUAGUUUUUUACAUGAGUGUGUACAUGUAUAAUUUCUCAUUUCAUUCAUGCAUAGAUAUAGCCUAGUGCCAUUCAAGCAUACUUUGUUGAGGCAUUCAAUAAGGUAGACCUAAUGAUUUCAAUGUUCACAUAAUCUCAAUACAUUUGAUGUUUAAUUUAUUUAUGCCGUCUGACAGUGUUAGUUUCUGCUAUUCUGUGACAAAUGAACCUGAAAAAUACAUUUCCCUGACACUUGAAAUAGAAUACGCACAAUUAUGUUUGGAUAAAAAAAAAAAGGUUUAUGGAUUGAUUUUAUUUUUAUAUCAGUUGGUGGUGGAUGAGUUGUUCUUAUUUAUUAUUUAAAUAUAAAUUGUAAGUGUAGGUUGACGAUGGACAUUUGUUUUGAAAUAAAUCUUGUUCUUGUAUGACAGAA